AUGAACAAUCCACGAGUUAUGUUCGAUUCGCAAGAGCCGAUUGAAAGAAGUGACGACAGCGGGGCCGCUUUGCCCUCAACAACGUGCACAUUCCCCGCGACUGAAAAAACAAAAGAAAAGAGGUGUUUCAUUUCUCACAGCAGCGAAGACGCGGAGUGGAUUAAGGAAAUGAUAACAAAGCUGGAGAAGGAAAAUGAUAUUAGGUGCAUCUAUGCAGAGAGGGACUUUUACCCCGGCAAACCAAUAUUAGACAACAUUGUAACCAGCAUUAGAAAUUCUACUAUAAUCAUCGUAGCGUUGUCGCCAGCCUUUCUGGAUAGUCGGUUCUGUGAGUAUGAAACCCAAAUGGCCCUUAUGGAACAUCUGACAACAGCUCCGAAGCAGAUUGUUAGUAUUCGAUUGAAGGAGUGA